CUGGAAACACUAGGGUGGAGGUUGCAACACUGUUUGGCUUUCUAGAAGAUGACUAUAGAGGAUCUCCCAGAACCUUCCUUAGAAGGAGAUUCCCUUGAUGAAAGAGAUCCAUUUUUAUUCCCAAGCUCAGAAUCGUCUGUUACUUUUUCUGUUGCUGCAGCACCAAUGCCUUCAGACUGUGAGUUUUCCUUCUUUGAUCCCAAUGAUGCAGCAUGCCAAGAAAUACUUUUCAACCCCAAAACAUCAGUUUCUGAACUGUUUGCUAUCUUAAGGCAGUGGGUUCCACAGGUCCAGCAGAACAUUGAUGUUAUUGGGAAUGAGAUCAUUAAAAGAGGUUGCAAUGUGAAUGACAGAGAUGGACUGACUGACAUGACUCUCUUGCAUUACACUUGCAAAUCAGGGGCUCAUGGUAUUGGUGAUGUUGAAACUGCCGUAAAAUUUGCCACACAGCUUAUUGAUUUGGGUGCUGAUAGUAGUUUACGCAGCCGCUGGACAAAUAUGAAUGCCUUGCAUUAUGCUGCUUACUUUGAUGUUCCAGAACUUAUCAGCAUUAUUUUGAAAAACGCAAAGCCAAAAGAUGUGGAUGCCACCUGCAGUGACUUUGAUUUUGGAACAGCUUUGCAUAUUGCUGCAUUCAACCUAUGUACAGAAUCUGUUAAGUGUUUACUGGAACAUGGAGCAAAUCCUGCCUUUAGGAAUGACAAAGGGCAGAUUCCAGCUGAUGUGGUUCCUGAUCCAGUAGAUAUGCCACUGGAAAUGGCAGAUGCAGCAGCCAGUGCAAAAGAAAUCAAGCAGAUAUUGCUGGAUGCAGUGCCUCUCUCAUGUGAUAUCUCAAAAGCCAUGAUUCCAGACUAUGAUCGUAUCACAGGCAAGGCCAUGCUUUUAUCGCUUGGCCUGAAACUGGGAGAUCGAGUUAUUAUUGCAGGACAGAAGGUUGGUACAUUAAGAUUUUGUGGCACAACUGAGUUUGCCAGUGGUCAGUGGGCUGGCAUAGAACUGGAUGAGCCGGAAGGAAAGAACAAUGGAAGUGUUGGAAAAAUCCAGUACUUCAAGUGUGCACCAAAACGCGGUAUAUUUGCACCUCUUUCUAAAAUAAGCAAGGCUUCUGAUCACAAAAAAAGCUCAGUACGAAGUUCUUCCACACGGUCUUCACCUUUGAUUAAAUCCAAGAAAAUAGAUGUGACGCACAUAACUUCCAAAGUGAAUUCUGGCUUAACUGCACUAAAAAAAGACAGUAGUUCUGAAACCACCUGUAUGACUGCAGACAGGGCAAAAACUGUACCUGCAAAAGAAGCUUUUGGAUCCAGCAGCUCUUCCUCUUCUACUACCUCCCUAGAACGCAAACAGAACUAUUCCAAAAAACAGAACUCAACUGGCAGCAGUAAAAGGACAGCGAUUAGAGCAGUUUCUGCCACAUCUAAAAUCAGUGCUGCUAUGAGGAAAAAUCCUUCUGAUGAGAGAGAAAUUCAACUCGGAGACAGAGUACUGGUGGUAGGACAGAGAACAGGCACUGUUAGAUUCUAUGGGACGACAAAAUUUGCACCAGGAUUCUGGUGUGGCAUUGAAUUGGACAAACCUCAUGGUAAGAAUGAUGGUUCAGUGGGAGGUGUUCAGUACUUCAGUUGUCUUCCUAGAUACGGUAUAUUUGCACCACCAUCUCGUGUACAGAGAUUAACAGGUUCUCUGGAUUCUCUCACAGAAAGUUCAUUGAAUAAACUAAAUCACAGUUUUCCAGGUUUCAGACGCAGUUUAAGCACAACUUCUGCAUCUUCACAGAAAGAGAUAAACAGAAGAAACUCCUUUGUUAGAUCUAAGAGCUCUGUGUUAAGGCGCAGCUGGAGUAAUACUGCUACAGCUAACACUGAGGGACCAGUGAAGCUGCACGAAGGCUCUCAGGUUCUUCUAACCAGCUCCAAUGAAAUGGGUACAAUCAGGUACAUUGGUCCUACAGAAUUUGCACCGGGGAUAUGGCUUGGGCUUGAACUCAGAAGCGCCAAGGGAAAGAAUGAUGGGUCUGUGGGGGAAAAGCGCUAUUUCACCUGUAAGCCGAACCAUGGGGUCUUGGUGCGACCUAGUAGAGUAACCUAUCGUGGGAUUAAUGGGGCAAAGCUUGUGGAUGACAUUUGCUGAGCCAAAGGUGCUAAUACAAUGGAAAAUAAGUUUUUAAAGCACACAAGAACCCUCUCUUUGAAUGCCAGCUUAUUUUUAAACUAUUGAACCCACAUUUGCAUUUUACAUAUGUGUGUGUUUGUGUGCACACAUACACAAACAUCCAUACAUUAAGAAAAAAAAAUUCAGUCACAUUAAGCAGUAAAACCACUAUUCCAUUGCUCUUAUUGAAACAGCCCUUGCCUGGGAAGGUUAUUGCAAAAGCAUCUUGGGUUUCAGAUGCUGUGUUGUUUGAAUAAUGUUCCAGUAGGAGAAUGCAAAUAUAUCUAAUGUUCUCUGAAGCUGCUUGUGAUUCAUGCAGUAUUUAAAUGACUUUCUUCCACUGCUGAUACUUUGUGCAUUGGCUGCUUUUGACAGAGGAGGUGGCUAAUAAGUGACAUUCAUCUGUUUACUAGGCACUUGGUCAAUAUCAGUACCCGCCGCUAGCAAUAAGCAAGUGAAAAAAGACUUUGUUUCCAGCAGUUGUGAAGUAGUUGCACAUUUUUAUCAUUCAUAUAUCCCACCUCUUUUCCCCCCUCCCAUUCUCCCCUCUAGAAGACAAAAGGGCUGAUAAAUAAAAGUAUCUGUGGCUAUCCUAGGGAGCAGCAGCAAUUGAUUAAAAAGCCUUUAAAAAGCACAAAUAUACUUCAUGUCAGUCUGCAUAGUAAAAAGCACUUUUUAUUGUAGGCGUUUGUAGAAGGAGCUAUGUAUGAGAAGCACUCUUCAAACUAAUGCACUUUGCACUCUCCUGGAGGGUUUUCCCUCAUUUUAAAAGAUAGGUUUGUUUGGAGUGCUGCAGGAUGUGAGUAUCACAGUUUUUAAUGCAAAUAAACCUAGAGUGGAACUAUACAUAAUAGCUGCAUCUUAAAUAUUAAGUCUGUAUAAAUACAGCGUGGUUCUUCCUGCCAGUGGUAUGGAUUAUAUGCAGGGCUUUCAAGCAAGCUAUUAACAUUUGAUUAGUUUGUGAUAGAUGUUUCUAUUUGUUUCCUGUAGAACAGUUUCCAGGGUAAAUUUCCUGUAAGAGUCUUAUGUUAAAUUCAGGAUGGUUUUAGAUACAUCAUUAGAACACAUUGUGAUGUGACAUUAUUUGCAUCUCAGCCUUUUAAAUGGCUAGUAUUUUGCCCAUAUUUUAAGCAUAUAAUGUAUUUUAAUUGCUCAGAAUAUGUAAACAGUAUCUUACUGAAGGUUAUCAGGGUGUUUUUAUGUUCCAGAACAGUCAUUUUAUUCUUGAAUGAUCUGCUUGCUUUUACCUACUUGAAAGAAGUGACACUUUAAAUUACAGUGUAAUAUCCUAUUUUUAGACAGAAGUCUACUAUUAUGUUAAAUAUUGCUGUAGCUAUUUUUCCUGACCUGUAUUUAAAAGCUGGACUGUAUUCUAAUUUAUGGGAGUUAUUAAUUGAAUAUAAAAGCUGUAAAUUUUGAAUGUAAAGAAAAUAAUGCUUUAUAUUUGAAGAUGCACUGAAAUGCAAGUGAUGUACUGAACUUUGUCCAAAA